AUGAUUAUCAAAUUUAUAUUUAUUCUUUUCUGUUUAAUUUCAUGUUGUCUCGCGGAUGGAAACAACACCAAUAUCCUUGAAACUUUUAAGCCGUUGCCCGAAACCCCCAAAAACACAACUCGAUAUUACACUCUCGUGUUGGACAAAACUCUGUUGGCUCCGGACGGUUAUAAUCGAACGGUAUUGACCAUAAAUGGGCAAUACCCAGGUCCAAUUAUUUUUGCCAACAUAGGAGAUAAACUUGUUAUCACUGUGGUCAAUCGUUUGGAGGUUCCAUCUUCGGUUCAUUGGCAUGGGAUCGAUCAAGUCGGCACCAAUUGGUAUGAUGGCGUCCCAGGGGUCACUCAAUGUUUGAUUCAACCUGGAGUCAGCUUUACGUACACCUUCACCCUUUUCCAAUCUGGAACCUACUGGUAUCACUCUCACUAUCGUGGUCAACUUCUUGACGGAUUAAGGGGUCCUCUUGUUAUCUUCGAUCCUGCUGAUCCUAACAAAAGCCUAUACGAUCAAGAGUAUGCGAUGACCCUUGGCGAUUGGUAUCAUUUUGCAACAGACACACCACAAUUCAGCAAUGCCUCGGAUCCUUUCCCUGAUUCUGCGGAAAUAAGUGGAGUGGGACAAUUAAAUUGCUCAAUUCCAAGUUGUGACAGUAGUCAGAAAUACGCCACCUAUAAAGUCACAAAGGACAAAAAAUAUCGAUUUCGAAUAAUCAAUGUAAGCGCAAUGUCACAUUUUAGGGUCACCAUCGACAAUCAUCCGCUCACAAUCAUCGCAAUCGACGGGAUGUCAGUCAAACCGUAUGCAGUUGAAAUACUCUCAAUUAACAUUGGUCAACGAUAUUCAGUUGUUGUUACGGCGAAUCAGGCGGCAGGAAAUUACUGGAUCAGAGCAAGUAUUUCGCCAUGCAGUGGGGAACCACCUAAAUUAGUAGGCGGCAUUCUUUCCUAUGACAACGUGUCGGUAUCUAACCCCACUUCAACAGGAUAUAGCAGCCAGACAGAUGAUUGCCGCGAUCCUGAUGAUUCCGUAUUACAACCUUACCCGCUUUCCCCAUCAGUACCGCAGGACAAAAAUAUCACGCAGCUGAAGCUUGAAAUUAACGUUACAUUCUUUAAUGACCCUAUACAUCCAAAUGGGACCAUCAAUAACAUAUCGUUCAUUCCAAACUACUCAUCUCCGUCCAUCAAGAGGGUUAUUGACAACGUCAGCUUUGUUCCCAACGACAACGCUUAUUUUUAUUACAAAUUAAAUGAGCCAGUUGAGAUUCUUUUAAUUAAUGCAGAAAAUCGGUCCCACCCCUUCCAUCUGCACGGGCAUACGUUCUGGAUUGUCGCUAGGGGCUCAAAAGAUAAUAUCAAUUCCAUUAAUUAUAACUUUAACAAUCCGCCGUUUCGUGACACGGCGACCAUUGACCCGCUUAGUUAUCUUGCAAUUAGGUAUUAUGCAAAUAAUCCAGGAGUCUGGUUGAUUCAUUGUCACAUUCAGUGGCACUUCGAAAUGGGAAUGGUUGCACAGUUAGUGGAAGUGCCCGAUGUAUUCAAAACCUACACCAUUCCUCAAAAUGUACUUGGGCUCUGCAAUCAAAAUUCUUCAUCCUGGUGA